UAAGUGUGCAUCACAAGUGAAGGAAUGGAUUGGAGGCAGAAAGUGUGUGAGAUAUAUAGACUGUGUGUGAGUGUGAUGUGUGUGUGUGUGUGUAGGUGGGUGGGAAGUCUAAACCGCACUGCAGGACCUUUUAAAAAACUGUCGUUCUGCAACAACUUUCAAGACAUACUCUCUUGUCACUCAGACCUUCACACACUCUUCUGAGCUCGGCAAACAUGAGCAAUAACUUCGGUCCCCCAUCCCAACCAGUCUUCAUGGUGGAUUCUGGCAGAGAUGACCCUAAACAACAUCAGUACUACCACCAGCAGAUGCCCAGGCACAGAGAGCCACCAAUGGUUCCCUGCUGGACGUUCCCCCCUGCCCGAGCAGAGAUGAAGAGAAAGAAAUGGGGAGGGAUGAAUACUGGGAUGGCCUGGGUACUGACUUUGAUUCUCCUGCUGGUUUUUGCAGCCCUGGGACUGGGAGCCUACCAGAUCCUGAGGUUACAGACUGAACUGGAGCGCCUGACACAGGAAAGGCCCACACAAAUACAGAGUGUCGCUCCAGAGAGACAAAUUGGCCUGAAUCCUGCUGAGCUCAACAAGAACAAACAAAAAACUGCAGCACAUGUAAUAGGUGGUGCAGACCAGAGAGCAUCAUCUGGCUCUCUGAAGUGGCAAGCGAUACACGGCGAAACCUUCACACAUGGCGUCAAGUACAAUAAUGGUGGCCUUCAGGUCAACGAGAGCGGUUUGUACUUUGUUUACUCCCGAGUGGAGUUUUUUUCACUCAUGUGCAAGUCCUCAGACUUCCUUACUCACAAAAUUAGUCGGCAGAGAAACGGCUAUAACCUCACAAUCAUGGAAGAUCACAAAGAGGGCUUCUGUAUGGCGGGGAGAAACCAGCCAUGGAUGAUAGGAAGCCAUCUAGGCUCACUUCAGCAACUCAAGAUGUCCGACUCGCUGUUUGUCAAUGUCUCACACCCCCAUCUGCUCAGCAAAAAUUUUCACAACAAUUAUUUUGGCCUCUUCAAGAUCCAAUGAUCUUGAAGAGUGGUGCAUUGGAAGGACAUGAUUGUGAGUUCAGAUGAAGAGGUCAGCGGUCUUUGGACUAUAAUCAACCCUGAGAUCCUUAGCAAUCCGCUUGCUAUUGUCAAAUCAUAAUUGAUUUUCAAAGUAUCAGUUAUCUGUGGCCAUUACUUUUGGAAAGUUGUGCAGAAGAGUUUCAGAUUGAAUGAACACUAAUAUGCUUCUGUAUCAGGAGAAGGUAGAUUAAAUAAAAAUAUUUAUUGUCCUUGAACUCUGAUUGUAUAUUAAUGUGAUCAAUGGUCAUAUUGACUGAGUAAUAAAUCAAUAAUGCCUAUAAUAAAGCCUUUAAUUGUGUAAAAUAAAUAAAUAGUUUUCUGCUGGAUUUUCUGCUGAAAACUGUUAAUUUCACUCUGAUUGUGAACCGAGAGAAGAUGUCUCACACUCUUUGAGAAAAAUUAUAUUGUGUGGUGGGGUGUUUCCAUUCCCACUAAUAUUUCCAUGUUAUUGUAGGUUGGUUGUCAUAGUAAAUUAUGCAGAUUUUUGAUAGAAGGUUUCCAGAGCUAUAUUUAUUUUAAAAAUCUAAAUAAUGUUCCUUCAUUUUUUUAUUGGGUAUUUCAUAAACAUAUGGACAGCUUAAUAGUGCUAUUUUUUAUAUAUGCUAAAUUAGGAACAAAGAAUAUUAUAUACAUUAUAUAUGAAUAUAUUAAUUGCAUAGAUGAACAUAACUCAAAGGAGUUUCUUGUCAGCUGUUUUUGAAUAUCCUCAAUGGACCACAAGGCAGCUUUUGCAGGGUUGCAGUUUCAUUCCUCGUCAUUUCUGCAAAGACCCUCAGGUUUGCUUCAUUGCAGUGUUGCUGAGCCACGCUUACAGAUUAAGGCUUUUUGUGCAAGUAUAACUGUGGCAGUACACUCUGUGCUUCUUGGUUUCUCAUGCUUCCUUCCUGUGUUUAGGUAUGGUGUUUACAGGGGUCAAAAAGCCUUGAUGAGAAAUGAAAAUGAAAACCUGCUUGUCACUCAUUCAUUCAAUUACUCACGAGACAAAGUGUACAUUUCUC